CCAAUUUAUUGACAUUGUCCCCUCUUCCUGAAGGGUUUUUGGGUUAAGCUGUGAUAGUUCCCAUAAUGACUGUCCAUGGGAAAAUCUAACUGCAGCAAGUCUGAUAGGCAGGACUGGCUCCCUUGGCACGCACUGCUCUGUCCAAAUCUCUUAGGAGUCCUAAAGAAUUGGACUGAAACAUCCUCUUACUACACCUACCCCUUAGACUGGAGGAAUUUUUUAUUUAAGCCAUAAGCUGCACUUGCAUCCCCUACUUAGCCGCCUGGUUCAAGGGCAGAGGGUGUGUGUGUGUGGUGGGGGGAUAGCUACAUGUAUGGACCCUUUGUUCUAUGCAGAGUGAAUUGCUGUGUUUUGCUUUGCAACGUGACAUCCCUGACAUGCUGAUCCGAUCGUGCCUGGAAGUGUGUCCAUGGCCCAAGCAGGUUUGGAACUGAAGAAGACCGUCCUCACCGAGGCCCCGUCAUUAUCAGGUCAGCCUGGAGUUGGCCAAGGAAAGAAGAUAGGUCAUCGAGGAGUUGAUGCUUCUGGCGAAACUACCUACAAAAAGACUACUUCAACCACUCUCAAGGGGGCCAUCCAGCUAGGCAUUGGCUAUACAGUGGGGAACCUGAGCUCCAAGCCGGAGAGAGAUGUCCUGAUGCAGGACUUUUAUGUGGUGGAGAGCAUUUUCUUCCCCAGUGAAGGAAGUAACCUCACUCCAGCGCACCAUUACCCUGACUUCAGGUUCAAAACCUAUGCACCUGUGGCUUUUCGGUACUUCCGGGAGCUUUUUGGAAUUCGUCCAGAUGAUUAUUUGUAUUCAUUGUGUAACGAGCCUCUGAUUGAGCUGUCGAACCCUGGUGCCAGUGGUUCCCUCUUCUAUGUCACCAGUGAUGACGAAUUCAUCAUAAAAACUGUAAUGCACAAGGAAGCGGAAUUCUUACAGAAACUUCUGCCUGGCUACUACAUGAACCUGAACCAGAACCCACGGACCUUGCUGCCAAAGUUCUAUGGACUGUACUGCGUUCAGUCGGGAGGCAAGAACAUUCGGGUGGUGGUGAUGAAUAAUAUCCUGCCCCGAGUGGUGAAAAUGCACUUGAAAUUUGACCUGAAGGGUUCCACCUACAAACGCCGGGCAUCCAGGAAGGAGAAGGAAAAGUCCAGUCCCACUUUCAAGGACCUGGACUUCAUGCAGGACAUGCCAGAAGGCCUAAUGCUGGACACCGAUACUUUCAGUGCGUUGGUGAAAACGCUGCAGCGAGACUGCUUGGUGCUGGAAAGCUUUAAAAUCAUGGACUACAGCCUGCUGCUCGGGGUGCAUAACAUAGACCAGCAAGAUCGGGAGCGGCAGACUGAGGGAGCCCAGAGCACAUCUGAUGAGAAGCGUCCUGUUGGGCAGAAGGCACUUUACUCCACAGCCAUGGAGUCCAUCCAGGGUGGGGCUGCCCGGGGGGAGUCCAUAGAUACAGAUGACACAAUGGGGGGAAUCCCGGCUGUGAAUGGAAAAGGAGAGCGCCUCCUGCUGCACGUAGGAAUAAUAGACAUCCUUCAGUCCUACAGGUUCAUCAAGAAGCUAGAGCACACGUGGAAGGCCCUCGUCCAUGAUGGGGACACGGUGUCAGUGCACAGACCCAGCUUUUACGCAGAGAGAUUCUUCAAAUUCAUGACCAACACAGUGUUCCGAAAGAAUUCCUCUCUGAAAUCGUCUCCAUCUAAGAAAGGACGUGGAGUCUUGUUAGCUGUCAAGAUGCCUGGUCCAACAGCUGCAUUUUCAGCUAGCCAGAUCCCCUCGGAAAGGGAUGAGGCCCAGUAUGAUCUCCGUGCUGCCAGGAGCUACCCCACGUUGGAUGAUGAAGGAAGGCCAGACCUACUACCCUGCACUCCCCCUUCCUUCGAAGAAGCAACCACAGCCUCCAUAGCAACGACGCUCCUCUCAGAGACUUCUGAGCAGCCUAGGUACAGGAGGCGCACACACUCCUCAGGGCAGGAUGGCAGGUCACACGAGGAGGCGCGGGUGGAAGAGGAGCUGCAGCAGAUAACCGUAGAGCUGGCGAGCAAGUGUGACGUUGAGAUCGUUGUGCCUGAGGACGGCGACAAUGGAGAGGCAGCCUCUUCAGCUUGUGCCAUUGCAAUAGCCCCAGCUGCGAUCGAGGUGGAGACAGCCAGCCAGGCCUCGGAGCCAGCCAGCCAGGCCUCGGAUGAAGAUGAUGUGCCAGUCACAGACAUAUACUUUCCCACAGACGAGAGGAGUUGGGUUUACUCCCCUCUCCACUAUAGCACUCAAGUCCACUCUGUCUCCGAUGAGGAGAGCGAUACAUAAUCUCUAUGCAGAGCCUGAAGUCCCAGAGAGCAGCGUUUCCCUCUGCAAGCUGAUGUCCCUUUCGCUGAGGCGGCUGUUCCGAUGGGAUGGGGAAGAGCUUGCUGCACUGCCGGCUCCUGGGCGCUGCGUUCGGGCUGGAGCGGAGUGCGCGCACCGUGUAUUUAUACUUACCUGAGCCAAGGACAGCAAAGAGCCCUCCCUCCAGAGCUCCUGUGUAAAGAGUCCUGGGGCUGUGUCCAGAGAGGCGCUCCUGCAGCUCCCGAUCCGUGUGUGAUACUGUGAACCUUUCUACGGUUUUAAUCAUGUAUUUAUUUCCUUUAUCUUUGCACAGACACAGCACAAACGUGCUUUUUUAAUGUUUAGUUUACUGCA